UGUUCGAGCAAUUUGUGAAUUUACGUCGAUGUUGGUCGAUGUACACGCAAAGAUGGCGUCUAUAUUGUGUGGCGGGAGGUUGGGUAAAUGUGAAGUGUGCAAUGAUCAAGAGGCCAAAUAUACAUGUCCUAGAUGUGAAGUUAAGACAUGCUGUUUAGCAUGUGUAAACAAUCACAAAAAGGAGCUGGGUUGUAGUGGUCAGAGGAAUAAGGUCGCAUACAAACGAAUUUCGGAGUUCACAAAUUUAGAUUUAUUAAGUGAUUACAGACUGUUGGAGGAAACAACACGACAUGUUGAAACAUAUGCUAGAGAUCCAUCAAAGCAUUACACUGCAUCAAAAGAAUUGCCUAUUAAUCUCUAUAAACUACGUGCAGCAGCUCGCAGAAGAAGAACAAAUUUACAUUUCCUACCACACAAUUUCACACGUAGUAAAGCAAAUUCAACAUACUUUAAUUGGAAGGAACAACUGAUUUAUUGGAGGGUAGAAUGGAUCUUCCCUCAGGCUGACAAUAUAAAAUGCGUUGGAAGAAGAUUACUUGAAAGUGAGCCACUAUCAAAACUUUUGAACAUUUACCUGGACCCAAAGGAAUGUGACCCACUGUAUCAAGAUAAGUUGCAGUACUACCAGUCUGCUGGUCCCAGUGGCAUCUUGUUAUUGCUCAAAGCUGAGAAGAGGUCAGGAAUGCGGUUUCAUCAACUAGACUCCUCACUCAGCCUGAAGGAUAAUCUUAAGGAUAAAACAAUAAUAGAGUUUCCUACAAUAUAUGUUGUUCUAAAGCACCACAAGGAUGCAUUUGACAUUCUGGGAUCAGAUGAAGAUGAAGAUAAGAAUUGUGUCUCCAGCAUCAUAAAUAAAAACAACUUACUAUUUAACACUUCCGAUUACUCUGAGAGUGAAGAUGAAUAUAACACUUCCAUCAGUAACGAGAAGAAAUACCCAAAGUUGGAUAUUCCAGAAUAUGAUGUGCUCAUAAGACAAAAGUCUUGAAGAUUUAAAAUUAUGCAUAAGUUUUGAAUAAAUCUGUGUAUGAAAUAGCCUGUAAUAAUAUGAAAGCAACACCAACAUAACUUGUAGACAGCAGCACAUUUGUUUUAAUUGGUUCAUGUUUUUAAUUAUGUAACUACACAGUAAUUAUAAUGGACUCCAUUGUAUGAGAUGUAAGAUUGAAAUGUAUACAGUUGAUGGCAUUGGUAAGAGAUUACUGUUUCCAUUUCUCAUCCAGCUAACUGUAACAUAAUCUUCCUUGAUGAAGAAUUUUGUUGUGAAGCAUCAUUACAAAGGUCUGCCAUUUGAUCCUA